AGUGAGACCAGAACGGAAUUAAGAGUGUCUGAACAGUGGGAAGUCCUUAUAAUGGCACUAAACAGGUGGCUGGAAGACCACCAGCACUCUGUCAAGAGUUUUACUAAACAGAGUAAUCUCAAAAUACACCAGCGCAUUCACACAGGAGAGAAACCGUAUCACUGCUCAGACUGUGGGAAGAGUUUUACUAAACAGAGUGAUCUCAAAAAACACCAGCGCAUUCACACAGGAGAGAAACCGUAUCACUGCUCAGACUGUGGGAAGAGUUUUAUUGAACAGAGUAAUCUCAAACGACACCAGCGCAUUCACACAGGAGUAAAACCGUAUCACUGCUCAGACUGUGGGAAGAGUUUUAAUCAAGAGGGUCAUCUCAAACGACACCAACGCAUUCACACAGGAGAGAAACCGUAUCAAUGCUCAGACUGUGGAUCGAGUUUUAAUAGACUGGGGACUCUAAAACUGCAUCAGCGCAUUCACACAGGAGAGAAACUGUUUCACUGCUCAGACUGUGGGACGAGUUUUACUGUACAGGGUAAUCUCAAAAAACACCAGCGCAUUCACACAGGAGAGAAACCGUAUCACUGCUCAGAUUGUGGGAAGAGUUUUACUACACAGAGUGAUCUAAAAAAACACCAGCGCAUUCACACAGGAGAGAAACCGUAUCACUGCUCAGACUGUGGAAAGAGUUUUACUAAACAGAGUGAUCUCAAACGACACCAGUGAAUUCACACAGGAGAGAAAACUAUCCCACAUUUGUCCCACAGCAAUUAAAAGUGCAAAUCGUAAAUCUUUCAGACAGAAUACCUUAUUCUACAUAAAUGUUUCACUUUGUCACUUGGGACACGUUCCACAAGAAACAAACAUGAACUGAAUUUAACAAUGGAUUUUACAGGUUCAGCAAAAUGAAUCUUACCCAGGAAUGAGGUUUAUUGAAUUCCAUGUUAUGUUUUCUCGUAUGUUUGAUAUUCCAGGACAUUCUUUGUGAGACAGAGCUCAGUUCUGAAGAAGGGGAGGUAAUUUGGGUUUGAGCGAGGGCACUGCCAGUGUUUGGACCAGAU